AUGACCGGGUCUAACGAGUUCAAGCUGAACCAGCCCCCCGAGGAUGGCAUCUCCUCUGUGAAGUUCAGCCCCAACACGUCGCAGUUCCUGCUGGUCUCCUCUUGGGACACGUCCGUGCGCCUCUACGAUGUGCCGGCCAACUCCAUGCGGCUCAAGUACCAGCACACCGGCGCGGUCCUGGACUGCGCCUUCUACGAUCCAACACAUGCCUGGAGCGGAGGAUUAGACCAUCAAUUGAAAAUGCAUGAUUUGAACACCGAUCAAGAAAAUCUUGUUGGAACUCAUGAUGCCCCUAUCAGAUGUGUUGAAUACUGUCCCGAAGUGAACGUGAUGGUUACUGGAAGCUGGGAUCAGACGGUUAAAUUGUGGGAUCCCAGAACCCCUUGUAAUGCUGGGACCUUCUCUCAGCCUGAAAAGGUGUACACCCUGUCGGUGUCGGGAGACCGGCUGAUCGUGGGCACUGCAGGCCGCAGGGUGCUGGUGUGGGACCUGCGGAACAUGGGCUACGUGCAGCAGCGCCGCGAGUCCAGCCUCAAGUACCAGACGCGCUGCAUCCGCGCGUUCCCCAACAAGCAGGGUUAUGUAUUAAGUUCUAUUGAAGGUCGAGUGGCAGUUGAGUACUUGGACCCAAGCCCCGAGGUACAGAAGAAGAAGUAUGCCUUCAAGUGUCACAGACUAAAGGAAAACAAUAUUGAGCAGAUUUACCCCGUCAACGCCAUUUCCUUUCACAACAUCCACAAUACCUUUGCCACAGGUGGUUCUGAUGGAUUUGUAAAUAUUUGGGAUCCAUUUAACAAAAAGCGACUGUGCCAGUUCCAUCGGUACCCCACCAGCAUCGCCUCACUUGCCUUCAGUAAUGAUGGGACCACGCUUGCAAUAGCAUCAUCGUAUAUGUAUGAAAUGGAUGACACGGAACAUCCCGAAGAUGGUAUCUUCAUUCGCCAAGUGACAGAUGCAGAAACAAAACCCAAGUCACCAUGUACUUGA